CCGGAGCCCGUCCGGGAAAGUUCGCAGACCCUGAAAACCCAGCUGCGGAGAAAAAAAGUCAAGAACAGAAACAAGAGAAAGCAGGAGCCCAUCGCGGAGGACGAGGCGGAGUCGUCCGAGAGAUGCGACCGAUAUCCGAUCACACCAGCGUCGGCGCCGCCGCAUCGGCGGCGUCCCCGCCGUCGGAAUUCGACUCGAUCGAUCCGAUCCUUCACCUCCUCCGCUUCCUACCCUUCGGCUUCCUCCGCCCGCCCCGUCUCCGCCUGAAGCUGCUCCCCUCCCCGAUGACCAUCUUCUCCCUAGUCCUCCUCACCUACUUCGCCGUUGUCUCCGGCCUCGUCUACGACGUCAUCGUGGAGCCCCCUGGUAUCGGCAGCACCCAGGACCGCUCCACCGGCGCCGUCCGCCCCGUCGUCUUCCUCUCUGGCCGCGUCAACGGCCAGUACAUCAUCGAGGGCCUCUCCUCCGGCUUCAUGUUCGUACUUGGCGGCGUCGGCGUCAUCCUCAUGGACCUCGCCCUCGACCGUAACUGCGCCCGCAGCGUCCGCAUCUCCUUCGCCUCCUUCGGGAUCUCUGCCAUCGUCGUUGCCUACAUGAUGAGCAUGCUCUUCAUCCGCAUAAAGAUUCCCGCCUACCUCUGGUGACCCCCUUCUUGAGUACUAUCUUCUGGCUGCAGCUUCUGCUUUAUGAAGAGUCAAAUGUAGAUGAAGCAUGGCAUGGAAUUUGAUUGGCUGCCAAUGUAGUAAUCUCCAAAUUAUGAAAAACUUUGCCCAUAGGAAAAUGAGAAUUAUGUAUCGGUAGCACAUGCUUUCUUUGAGUUGUUAACAAGUCGAUAUUUGUGGAUUUAUCUUUUUUUCCCUUGCAUCCAUUAAUAUCGUCCAUUAUUCAGUAUGAAUUCUAUAAUGAAUUCUUUGCAUUGAUUUUACCUAGCCAUAUUCAUGUAAUCAUCUUAUCCAUUAAUUUGUUAGAAAUUGAUAUACAAAUAAUUUAAGUGGAGUAAUUUAUGCAUUGGAUUAAGGGCAUGAUAGAAGCCAGCGGAAACAUAUACUCUAAUCCCCUACUGGAGGACUUUGUAGAACACUCUCUAUUACUUUUGAAUAUGCAGUGAUUGGACAUAUUUGGAAUCCAAUUUUUGUCAGUAUUUAACCAGUACAAAAGCAGCAGAAUUUUAAAUCAUUGGGAAGUUGUUAUUCGAAUAUCUUGUCAAGGUUUUUAUUUAGAACAGUUGCCCAAGUAGCAUUUGAAAGAAAAACAGUAAAGAAGAACUUUUAGACAUAGGAAUUAAGGUGAUGGAUGAGUGCUUGAUUAAUUUUAUAGUCAACUGAAAUGCUAAUAUUACAUGCUUUAUGCAUUUACCAUCCUAUCCAGCAACCCUAUCCAUGUCUGACUAAUGAUGCAUUACACAUUGUCUUUGGAUAGAGAAUUAGGAUAUUGGAAGAUAAUUUGCUGAUUGGAGACCUUUGAAUGGAAGAUCAAUACCUUGUAAUAUGAUAGAUGUGUUAAGUAAUAUCAAAACUAUAGCAGAAUAAAUGACUUAAGAUGGCUUUUUGAACAUUUUUCUUCUUAAAGGAGAGUAUUGCAGAUGAGAUUGAAUUUAUACCCACUCCCUUGAAAGGCUGUCAAAGAUAAGUUAUGAUCAUGUGCACGUGAAGGUAAGAUUGCUACAAAUACUGCAUAUCAUCAAUUAAUGCAGAAUAACAAGGAUUGCUAUGUUGCUGCCUGGACAGGAAGUUUGGCAGGGACUGCAUCCUGAAAUCCAAUAUGUCCUGUGAAGGUGUUUCCAUGAGAAGUCACUACAUUGAAAUUUUUAGCAAUGCAAAUUUGUUCUUCAUAGCUGAAUACCCAAGAUACAAUCUAUAGAACAUAUCAUUUGUGAAGUGUUCUGAUAAUCUUCAUUUUGAAGUGGUUACUUGAUCACCUUUAUAUGGUUAAGAGGAAACCUCUAAAAUCCUAGUUUCUUAAAUGUUUUCAGGUUGGUGGUCUUUGCCUACUUCUGUGCCAAUGGAAAAAUUGAUAUGCUCUAUCUACAUUCACUAAUGGCAACUUGCUAAAUCAGUUAUAUCUGGGAGUCGUAUUUGAGAAGGUCGCAAAAAUCUAUUUCUGGCAUAUAGUUAGGGAAUUCUGUUUAGAUUACUGAAUAAAAGACUUCAUGCUUUUAUCUGAUAGGCAUCACAUGAGGAAGGUUGCAUUAAAUUAUAGCCUGAUGAUCUUUUAGCUUGGAAGACAAUAUAGCAGGAACUAGAGGAUUAGCGGGAACAUCUAGAAGACAUAUUUGUCUGCUUUCUGCAAGGCUACCAAAGAUGUAUUGAAUACCAAAAUCCAAGCCUUACUGAAAGGUUUGAUAAUAGCGAAAGUGGGGGAAAUACAAGGCUCCAAAUAUAUAAUAAAGUUAUGAAAGCCGAGUGAAAACAAAUAUCAUUUUUAUACGACUGGUGAUGUAUUCUAUUUGCGAAACUAUUGAUUCAAAAGCCAAUGCUUCAAUAUCCUCUGGUUUACUUACAAUAGAUAUGAUGCUGUUAAUACAUGGAUCUUCAUAAACUGUAUUAACAAUGAAGAAUCGUUAAGAAAGACAGAGCACCAUGAUGGCACCGUCCCAAAGUAGUCCAUUUCACCAUGAUGGUUAUCUACACAUGCAUCUUUUUCCCACUGUUUCUUUAUGAUAGUUGCUUCUAUUGCUCUUACUUUGACAAGUAGAUAAAUAACCUAAGAAGUGAUGGAGUGAUUUUAAUGAAGCUUUUUUUAUCUCACAGUACUCCUCUAUUCAUUACAGUAGAUUUGGCAGAAUUUUUUCAUUCGCUGAAAGAUAUACAUUGUCUUAACCAAACCAGCAGUGUAAAUUGCAUGUUAAUGUGAAUGCAUUGUUGUUUCUAUUUUUAGUAUGUCAUGAAGAAACAUUGUUAUUAAGGCUGUGCAUUGGACUACAGAAAGAAUAUAAGCAGAAGACUGCCUUAGUAAGAUAAUGUACUUUUAAGUCAUAUAAUGAACUAUAUUUGACUUCCAUCAGAUAAAUUCAGGAGUUGCAUCUAUAGUGUAAUAAAAAGAAAUGAAAUAAUAGUGCUUUGUUCAUUUUAAAAUGGAAGCCCAAAUGCCAUUAGGUGCAAGUUGAAGCAACUUGUGUGGAACAUAAUAUUUUCAUAUAGUGUGUGAUGAAAAAGCAUUUGUAGAUUAUACCAGGAUGGUUUAGACUAGCUUGCAGCUGUAGUUUUGGUGGAAUUUAUUGUUUGUAUUCUUAACUAUCAAAAUUGAACCAAAUACUAGUAUUCACAUUUUAUUAGCCAACUAAGCUAAGCAGACAGAGAUAGGCACUUAUAGGAACUGUAGCAUGAUGCUUGUCGAUUACGAUGUCUGGUGAUGGUAGUAGUGUGUGUGUGUGUGUGUGUGUGUGUGUGUGUGUGUGUGUGUGUGUGUAAGCUAACUGUUGUUCUCUAACAUUCAAUUUGCAUUGCAUUGCAAGGAUAUUUCAACACCAGAUCACAUCUUACAGCUCACAUCCAUUGAUGGUACCAUAUUACCCAACACGAUUGGGAAAGGUACUUGUGACUUUUCCCUUAUCCGGCAUUUGGAGUGUGGUAUUGUCUGGACAUUUCAACACCAGAUCAGACCUAACAGCUCAUGUCCAUUGAUAGUGCCAUGUUACCGAACACGAUUGGGAAAGUGCACAAGUACAGGAUUCCUUUCCUCCAACCAGAGACCAUUUGCUUGCACCAUUGCUCCAUUCAGGGGAUUAUUGAUUAUGCUGUGGCAAUCAGAUGCUGCAGUGACAUGAUGUUGCUUGAGGAACUCCAUACAGUCAUCCAAGGCCACCAAUUUCGCCUUCAAAUCAGAGUUGUAGUUCAGAUGAAAAAGUCAUCCAGUGAUUAGUCUAUGCAGCUCAUCCCAGAGAAAUUACGGCAUUCCUAGCUGCUGAUGCAUGGUAUUUUGUUCGUCAGAUGCUGAAGAUGUUCUGGAUUAGCCUCGGGCAUGAGUUCUUUAUUAAUUAUGCAAAUAUUUAUUUUGCUGACCUUAGUUGGAAGUCAUGAUGGCAGACUUCAUGAGGAUGCUCAUCAGAUGAAGGGCACAACAAUAUACCGAUUUGAUUCAGCUUACACUAAUAUGCUCACUGAAGGGAACAUGGUAUACUGCUUAGUACUCCUAGAGAUUUGUAAAUUCCUCUGUUGAAUGAAGCAAAUUCCUCUGUAUAUGCUUAAUCAAGAUAUUACAAAUUUGUAUAAUUUGUUUGUACUAGAGAUUUCUAAAUGUUGUAUAAACGAGUUGGAGACCCUCUGAACAAAUCCA